UCGUCUGGCGCUGAGUCAAGGCAAAACGAUUCUUGAACUCAAAAAUCUUCUACCUAGAUCAGGGACUUCACAAGGUGAGCGUUUGGAAUUUUCCAAUGAUAGAUCAAGAGGAAUAAUACUACUUCCCAGGAGUCCGUCUCACACUCGAUGUUUCUGAUUUCUGCCUCUUAAGCCCAAAACAACCCAUCAAACGUUAAUUAUUUUUUAAUUCUGGCAAUAUGAUAGUUUUCCUAGUUUUUCACUUUGUUAUACGGGAUCAAAAAUCAAUUUCUAAAAUUAUUGUGGUUCAUUAAAUAAAUAUAACAAAAUAAAUUAGGUUAAUUUUACAAAUACUUUUAACAGCUGGCAUAGACAAUUCCAUCAAAUACUUUGCCAUUUUGCACCCAUUCUUCUCCAUUCAGUUUCUUUCUUCCAAUUUCUCUCUUUCUCUCUCAUGGCCCACCUCCUCCAGAUCGCCGUCGUCCUCGGCCUCCUCGUCGCCCUCUCCGCCACCAUCGCUUCCGCCCGCCCCUGCCGGACCUUCGUCAUAUCCUCUUACACGUUCGCCCUUCCUUCAUCCGACGAUCCCUCCCUUCCGUCCACCGCUACACUCACCACCUUCACCGAGAUCCGCUCCUUCCGCCCUUUCCCCUCCGAGAUCUUCUUCGACCGCGCCGUCGAGGACUCCUCCGCCGCCGUCGAGAUUGACAGCAGCCCUCGCCUCGCCGCACCCUUCGGAUUCUCCUCCGAAGAAUUCAGCUCCCUCCGUGAUCGCACCAAGGACAUCCUCUCCGUCGUCGUCGCCCUCCUCUUCGGCGUCGGCUGCGGCGCCCUCACCGCCGCCACCAUGUACCUUGUCUGGUCCAUGUUCUCAAGCCGUUACGAGUACCGGUACGAAGAUUACCUCGAUGAUGACGAAGAAGAAGAUAAGAUCGAGAGCCCUAAGAAGUUAGGGUACGUGCAGAUUCCGGCCGUGGAGACGAAUGGUCUGGCGAAGAAUGCGGUAUGAGAGUAUAUAUUUAAAACCUUGUGGUUGAAUUAGGGGUUAUGUGGCCCAUUUGUGGAUUGUUUAUUAUAAUCGCAUUAUAGUGGAGAUUGAUAAGAAGAAAGAAAUUGAUUAUGCUGUGUUUGUAAUUUGUUAAAUUACGUGUUUAAUUCACUGUCUCCGCUUAUGGCUUACGAUUCGCGUACUUAGCACUCAAAUCUGUUCUGUUAUUGUUAUAAAUGUUAAGUGUUAAUUAUGUUUAUAUAUUUGCUAUAUCGGUAAUUAGCAAAUUGUAACUUAUAAUGUCGUUGAUAUAGCAUCAUAUGAAUUAUGAUUAUAAUAUUUGGAUUAUGAGACAUGAUGUGGUUCUAUA